AUGCCUGUGUAAAAUGAUAGAUUACAACACAGUUCCAACACUAUUCACAACCUAAUACUGCUUUAAGGCUGUCAUUUACUCUUGAAGACAAUGCACGCUCUGUAGUUAUUCAUGAGGUAUCGUGAUGCUUAAUUUAAAAAUCAAGGCAUCUUGCACUCCGGGAAAAGAACCGGCUGCUCUUUCAAGGUUAUGAGCGGCGGAAAAUUGAGUGGGAUGACUCCUCCUACGGUACUUACUUCAUAACCUUCAUCUGUCACCUUCUAAGCCAGAAAACUCACCAGGCCAAACGUUCUCUAACGACCCUUACUAUCACCUGAUUUCCACAUGCUCCGACCUGAAAAAAGUAUCGCGUCGCGUAAGGUAUAGGAAACUCAAACGAUCUCGUGAAAGUGUAGAUCGGGGCGAGCAUAUAUGGAAAACAGACGUUUGGAGAAUUAAUUCUUACGUAACCUAAAACCAAAACAACGGAUCUGCUUUAAAAAAACCGUGACUAGAAAUUUUUGAUCAAAUCAACGAGAAAUGUAACAAUAUUAUCAAGUAGUAUUCACAGUGAUACAGUCUCACGCACACGAUUUAGCUAGUUCGGAAAUCAUCAACAAGUAAUAUUUAUAAACAUCCUUAGAAAAAAAAAAUCACGCUUCAAGACUUAUAAACUUUCCGACCAUUUUUCGAUGUAUCGACAGGAAAAAAAAAAACUUGUGGUUUGUUUUUGUUUUUGUGUGGUGUAUUUUAAUUUAUCUCAGUUUCCGGCGGUGAAAGUAGUGGAUAUUAACCUCACCGCUUUGCGGCUUAGUAAAUACUCACCAAUAUUCACUUCCACUUCGGUAAAUAAUUGUUAUUCAAAAGAAGCAACCAAUUUAUGCAAUUAGCUAUUGUAGUCCGCAUCCUUCCAUUGUAAUAAAUCACUUCAAAGCUGUACACUGGGUCAGUCUUGUAAUAUUGUUUGCAUUAAAAAAUUUCAUGAGAAAUUUGAAAACCUCACCUUUGAAUUUGAGACAUUUCCGACGAAACGAAAAUUAGGAAAAAAGAACAUUUGAAAUUUUACAAUUUGCAGAGCUCUCUCUAGAUCUAUAAUUACAUGUCACGCAAUGGGAAGUUUUGGUGAAUAAAUAUCUAUUUCGUUCGAAUUUUCUUCUGGUAGCCUUCGAGCAUGUGCUCUGAGCGAUUAGAAGACAUUUCAUCAGUCUUUUUCGCCUUUUUACCAGGAUUUACAAGAAUGGUGUAAAAUAACUUCGUAUACAGAGAACAAGAAAUUCCCUGAUUAGAAUUAGCCGUAUUUACUUAAUUCUCGGAGGUUAUUACUGGAAUUUUAAUUCAAUGAAUGUAUCGUGAAUGACUCUUUUGUUAUUGCGGUGUUUGACGAAUGGAAAAUUAAUUUUAAUGCAGGGACAUUCGAGGCCCUCGAGUCAGGGAGACGCCAGAUUAAGCUGAAUUGCCGAUAUGGAUCAAUGCUUUGUGCGUUUGUUGUUUCGCUCGAAGGAGAAAGAGUUUGUAGCCGCCUUACGCCUCUGAUUACAAACCAGAAGAAGGAAAAAAACGUGUUGAAGAUCGAAUUUCUAGCAGUAAACCUAUCUGCGUUUGUCUGUCGCCAGGACCCAAAUGUCCUCUACGUGUGAAAUUUUCCAAGUGUCGAAAAAUGGAACAAACCUUUAGAUCUCAGUGAGUUGGAUUAAGCUGAUUUUGGAAUGAAAAUAACGCUUAAAUAGCUUCUAAUGAAAAUUGAAAAAAGCCUGUUUAAUUUAAAUCAAAGACUGAUUUUCUGCAAGGUUCAAUCUCUGAAAAAUCGCGCCAUUUCAGAGAAAGAACCUAUUAAAAGGACCAGGGUUGCGUGAUUCCGACUGAUGCGAAACAAAAGGAGCAUUUCCGGCUAUUUUUCUGUUAUCAGCAGCAUUUUAUCAUCGGGAAUUUUGGAGCCUGUAUGUCUUCCCGAUAUGUCGGAAGCGUGUAACAGAUUGAAGCUUUCAAGAGUCUCUAAAGUAAGAUUUCACCAAAAAUAAGCGCUAUAACAUUCCAGAUUAAGAAAGGAAUCCUUUAGUUGGAGAGAGCACACUUGUAACCAACUGCGCACGAACGAAAUUCGAGGCGCCCUUUCGCAUGACAAAAUCCAAGUGGAAAAAUAAUUACGUUAAGAUGUGUGAAUGGUCUGCACCAGGCAGGUAUUAAAAUGUAGAAAAACAGGCCCGGAAUAGCAGAAAGACACAGCUAGGCGUCGGAUUUCAAGAAAAAUAGUUUUGUGUAAUGUAAACAUUUCUGGCAAUCUUCAUUGUGGAUACAAGCCAGUAAUUACUGUCAACUGCGUACCUUCAGACUCACUGUCGAAGAAACUUUGCCCGUGAGGCCAAGUUUAGCCUCAAAUCUUAAAGGUGUGCUGUAUGUUGUUCAAGUGAGCGCGGCUUAAUCACGAUUUCCGCCUCACUGUAGACUGUUUGGAUCGAUCUGAUAACGGCGGCUCGUGACGAGUUGUUUAAUUACCCGAGUUGAGGGAAAUUUUACCUUUGACAGCGGAGGCGCCGAUUGCAGCAAAUGAUAAAUUUAAGCAUUCCUCUUAAUGCUUAUAACCACAGCCUGCAAGGAAACACUCAAUCCUUAUUGACGAGGGGUUCGUUUGUAAAGCUUGAAGAGGUGGUGUUUGUCCCAACUGUGAGGACUAAAUCGUAUCUUCAGAAGAUUUAAUCAAAUAACAAGCAGGCGACUGUACUAGACGAUGGCGGACGAAUUUCAUAUUUCAUCGAAUGACUCUUUUCUUGAAGAAGUGCCCGCCGAGAGUUACUCGGAUAGUCUUCCAGUUCAUGCGAUUCUUCAGCUAGUCAUCUUCACAAUUAUCUUUAUGGUUGGGUUCUUCGGGAAUUCCAUCGUGAUAUACGGAGUUCUUCAACAAGGAUCAUCCAAGACAACAAGCAGUUGUUUUAUUGCGAACUUGGCCCUGAGCGACCUGGCUGUCUUGGUUCUAAGUUUACCUGUCGGACUUCUACAAGAACUUGCUUCUUGGCCGUUCGGCGAACUUGCCUGUAAGAUAUUCUUUCCUUUCGGCGAUGUGUUUUUGACCGUUUCAAUCAUGACAUUGACAGCAAUCGCUUUGGAUCGCUACCGUGCGAUAGUUACGCCGUUUAAAGCGCGUUUCACGAAGGCUCAAGCGAAAGUCUGCAUUAUGUUCAUUUGGAUCAUCAGCUAUCUUGUUGUAGGAAUUCCGACAUCUAUCAUUCUUAAACUCGUCACAACAGACGGUAAUGUAAAAGUGUGUUUUCCUUACUGGAAGAGCAAUAUGGAACGAACAAUUCACAAAGUGCUAACGGCGUGUCUGGCUACAUUUCCUCUGUUUCUUAUCGGGUACUGUUAUAUCAGAGUUGUUUUGGCGUUGUGGAAAGUCAGAAUAAUACAUGAUAACCGCAAUACGGCUAAGAACUCCAUCACAGUCAUGCGACUCGAGCAGAAGCGAAAACUCGUUAAAAUGUUAAUUGUUAUCGUGGUGGCCUUUAGCUUGUGUUUACUGCCGUACGUAACAUUUGCGCUCGUUUUGGAAUUUACGGGAAUGGAGCGAACACCCUAUGUGAAUGUUGGCUUGGUAACAUGUCUUUCGCUUCUUUAUGCAAAUAGUGCCAUAAAUCCAUUAAUUUUAUGUACAAUGAGUAAAGAUUAUAGGGUUGGACUGAGGCCCUGCGGAUGUUAAGGCUCUACUCUUUCGCCAGGAUUAAUUAACAGUGACUUUGCAAAUAACAUUUCAGAGAAAUACCAUUUUGCACUACUCUUUUACGAGACUUCACUACGUUUGUAGUCUAGAUGAUGUUAUGUAGUCAUUCAGUACAUAUCACAAAGUGUUGUAUGUUAUUCCUUCACAUUCUAUAGGAUUGCGCAAAAAAAUAUUACAAGUAGUAGAUCUUGAAGGUUCUCAAGUUUUUUAUUUCGAUUGAUGUACAUAUUGUUUGAGUUAGAGUAAAGGUUACAGUUUUGAAUAAAACGCUGACGGUAAAUUUAUGAAAAUGAUAUUUUUAGCGAUGUGUAAUGAGUCCUAAAACUUUUACCUAUGAUAUUUUAAGAAUAAACUGCUGCCUGCAAUUAA